AUGGAGACCCUCGAGAGCCUCGGCCUCGCAGCCAAUAUCCUUCAGUUCUGCCAAGCGGUAGGAUCAUUCAUUAACCAGGCCCAUGAGAUUUACCGUUCAGGCCCGGCCGCACUGGGCAAGGUCAACGAUCUUCGCGGUAUCUCCAAGGAUCUCCAUAAGAUGCUGUCGGAAAUGCCAGAGAAUCCGGGGAAAAGAGAGUCCAUCAUGAUCGCAUUUAGGGCGCGGUGGAAUCGCUCCAAACUUGAGGACUUGGAGAAACAAAUCGAAAGUUUUCGUCAGCAGCUUGUUCUUGAUGAUCUUGUAACCAUCAGGUGUGUACCUACUUUGUCUCUCAGUGCCAGGUCCCUUUGGGAAUGA